AUGUUAACAUUAAAUUCUAAUGAUCGUGAUUUAAUUACGAAAUUUUAUGAGUUACAACCAAAUGAAGAACAGAUACGUAUAGCGAAACAGAUAUGGCAAACAACAUUCAAUAUAUUGAAAACAAAAGAACAAGAAGAAAUUCUUCGUAAACGAAUUUUCCUCCGACGACUACCAACUACAUACGAUAAAAUGAUUGACAAAUCUUUGGGUUAUAUCGAGCCUAUGCUUUCAAAUAAAGCUCUUGAUAUUGAUCGACGUGCUGGUUUAGUAACGAGUUAUUCAAAAACAAUUACACAAUAUAAAUUGGAUUUGAUGACUUUAAAUCUUGAUACGAUACAGAACGUAAUACGUGGUCAUCAACAAAUACUUAAUGAUCUACAAAAGAAACUAUCACAAUCAUGUCAUGAAUUAAUGAUUCAAGCUAUUGAAAAUCGUCAAAAAGCUAUGCAAAACGUCAUGAAAUAUAUUUAA